AUGUGCUCCAUGCUGCGCUUGUUGGUGCUUAUAAGCAUAAUAGGAUACGUUGAGCUGAUCACGGUCACAACUCCACACAAACAUGUCAAUGUUACGAAGGGAGGAAGUCUCCUUCUCCAGUGCUACUUUGUGUCCACUGAAUCCACCACCACCGGCCUUACCAUCCAGUGGGAUUUUGUUUCAUCGGCUUCCAUGACGGCUUCACAACAGGUGUAUUACUAUCAAGGAGGAAAGACUAUCAUUUCAGAUUCUUACAGCGACCGAUUUCAUCCUCCCUCUGAUCCUGGCUCAUCCCAUAACGCCUCAAUAAUAAUAAGCAACAUGCAGCUAUCUGAUUCUGGAGUCUACUCCUGUGAGAUUCACAACUUCCCUGAUGUGACUGGACAGUCUCAGGCCAAUAUUAUUGUGAAUGUUCUUGAGAGACCCUCUGUUCCUUAUUGUGCUGUCCACGGUGAUGUGGAAGCAGGUCACCUGGUCACUCUGACCUGCCACAGUGAAGAUGGCAACCCGAAGCCGACAUACUCCUGGAUCAGACUGGAUGAAACAAAGACCAGGAGGCCUAUAAUGGCAAGAACAACUGACACUGGAAAACUGGAAAUCAGAAAUAUAUCCGAGUUUCAGUUUGGGGAGUACCGGUGCAAUGCUUCAAAUGUGGUGGGAUUUGCAUCUUGCACUAUCGAGCUGAAUCCUGACGCAGGAGACGGGGUGAUUGCUGGUGCAGUGAUUGGCGCAUUGCUUGGAUGUCUCCUGAUCAUCCUGGUCGUGUGGUUCAUCGCUCACACCGUAAAGAAGCACAAAUACAAAGCAGUCAAGGUGUCAGAAGCCAACGAGAAUAAGAGGAGCUCUCAUCGGGCUCAGGAAGCCUCAGACAACGUUGCUAUGACAACCAGGGCCAGCAACCUUCAUUCUGAGGCAGAUGAGCCACAAGCCUAA